AUGGCCACCAAUUCAAUAUUAUUUUCAAGUAGAGACUAUAGAGGCUCUACUAUCGAAGAUUUAAACAUUCCGCAAGCUAUUUCUAUUAAUCCAUCAACCUCAUUAUAUGAAGCUAUUGCUGUGGGUUAUGAAAAUGAGUUCACUUACUUGCCAGUGAUACAUGAAGAAACCAAAAGAUUAUUGGGAGUAAUAAAUGUGGAAGAUAUUAGAAAUAAUGCAAAUAAAAUAAAAAACAGUUUCCUUUCACCUAUUGUGAAACACUAUAUGUAUUGGUUUAAUCUGACUGCAAGAAAGAAUUAUGAAAAUGAAAUUAAGCAACUCGCUAGUGGUACCAAAACCUCAACUACAUCACAAAUUUUAAAACCAAGAGGCAGAAGAUAUAAACUUUUGACUCCUGACACACCAUUAGAAGAGUUGUCCAAAUUUUUUAAUGCAGGAAACUAUUUUGCCAUUAUUACAAGUGGUGACGGUGACUUGGUAUACGGUGUAGCCACUCCAGAAGAUUUGAAAAAUUAUGAAAAGGCAAGACCUAAGUUAUAA